UUUGGUGUGAAGCUUUAUAUUUGAUACGAUUAGAAAAGCAAUUUAACUUAAGUAGCAAGCUUAUUCAUAUAAUUUAGAACAUAUAAUGUUUAUAUUCUAAAAUACCAGCUCUGGACAGCAGGUGUUUGUUGUUCACUCAAUGAAAAUGAAGUGGAUGUUAAUCCUCCUCCUUGGUACCUUGGCCGAGACUACCUUGGGCUGGAAAUAUCAUCGCUCAGAGAUAACUAUGAACUGGACCCAGGCUCGACAGUGGUGCCAGAGCAAUCACACAGACAUGGUGGUCAUCCAAAACCAGGCAGAGAACGACUAUUUAGUCUCCUGGCUGCCAACCAAAAAAAAAAGUCCAUAUUACUGGAUUGGAAUCACUAAAAACCACAUGAAUGAGCCUUGGACCUGGAUUGGGAAUAACAGCACAUGGAUUGGUGAGCAGUCAUGGGCACAAAACGAGCCCAACAACAACCACAUCACGGAGUUUUGCGUGGAGAUCUACGUGAACAAUGGAAUAAACAGAGGGAAGUGGAAUGAUGAGAAGUGCGCCACUCCAAAAUACCCUGUUUGUUAUGAAGCCCAGUGUAAGGCAACAUCAUGUGACAGAGGAAGAUGCCAGGAGAUCAUAGAUAACAUAACCUGCCUCUGUGAACCUGGCUUCAAGGGAGACAGGUGCCAAACAGCUGUGGAAUGCCCCCCUCUGUCUCAACCUGAUAACGGAUACCUUAGCUGCUCCAGAGAAAAGCUGACAUUCAACUCAACCUGUCGCUUUAAAUGCUACCCAGGCUUCCUGAUAAAAGGCUCGCAGGAUGUUACCUGUGGGAUCACCGGGGUCUGGAGCGGCCCGAGACCUUCUUGCACAAGCUAUAAACAAGCUCUGUUGGCUGUGGCUGGCUGUGCAGCCUUCUCAGCCUGCUGCAUCUGUUUUUGCUGGAUGAAGCGCAGAAAACGAAAGAAACUUGCCCAAGUAAGGCAGCCUGAAGAAGCGACAAGUCCUUCCACUGAGGCACAGGGAUGACAGAAAACUGGGACCAAAAUAUAUCUAUUAUGACCCUAAUGCAGUUACUUAUAUUCAUUUUAGUACAUGGUUAUUAAAUAAACCUAAACAGCCACCGGCUGCACAGGCUGUAUGAUUAGUUAGCGAAGCCUUUUGUCUAAUAUACUGUAUGUUUAAGCUUCAUUUGGAUAUACUGCAUGGAUAUAACGUAUGUGUAUGUGAUGGUUCACUAUUAGAUCAUGCAUGUGCAAAAUUAUUUAACAACAUUAGAGGUGAAUUUCUGUGGUAUCUUU